GAAAAAUAUAAUCUGCAGCUUUCUUCUUUGUCCUUUAAACCUCUUGGCCAAACCCUAGAAGCGCGCAUCGUGGUCAUCGACGCGUUUUGUGCUUGUGCACGGUUCUUGCUUUAGGGUUUAUUGAUUUGGGGAAUCCGAUGGCGGAGGAGGCGGCGGCGGCGCAGCCAUUGACGUACGUGCAAGAGGCGAUACUGAAGAAGAGGAAGAGCACCGAGGAAUGGGCACUCCGGAGGAAAGCACAGCUCGAGCUGCGCCAGAAGAGGUCGAAGCAAUCCAAAUCGAGCGACUUCAAAAUGCCCGAGCAGUUCAUCAGGGAUUAUAGAGACAAGGAACUUGAUCUCAUCCGAAUGAACCAUAGGGUUAAGAGACGGGCGCCGCCAGUAGCACCAUUGAACUCGAAGCUGCUCUUCAUUAUCCGCAUUCAAGGGAAAAAUGACAUGCAUCCAAAAACUAAAAAGAUCUUAAACAAUCUGAGACUAAGAAGAGUCCUCAGUGGUAUAUUUGUGAAGGCAACUGAAGCAAUCCUGGCAAUGCUGCAAAAGGUGGAGCCAUAUGUCACAUAUGGGUAUCCUAACCUUACCAAUGUGAGGGAGCUUAUUGUCAAGAAGGGAUUUGCGAACAUCGACAAGCAGAGAGUUCCAUUAACGGACAAUAACAUUAUUGAGCAGGAAUUGGGCAAGUAUGGCAUCUUAUGCACAGAGGAUAUAGUCCAUGAGAUUGCUAAUGUGGGUCCACAUUUUAAGGAGGUUACUAGCUUCUUGUGGCCUUUUAUGCUCAACAAGCCAGAAGGAGGCCUAAGAAGAACUAAAAGAAUGUACAAGGAUGGGGGAGAAACUGGCAAUCGAGAGGAUCACAUCAAUGAACUAAUCAGCAAAUUGAACUAGCGUAGGCUGAUCUUGUUAGUGAAGACAAACUGGCAAUCGAGAGGAUCACAUCAAUGAAAUACAGUUUUGUGGCUCUUAUAUCAAUUUUGAAAUUAAUGGUAGUGGCCUUGCUUUCUUCUGUCCGUAGUGAUUAAAUUCAAGAAUAACUGUUCUCCUCCUUCUGCUGCUCCUUAUUGAUUAGAGGGAAUUGCACACUGUGUAGCUACAACCAUGUGGAAUGCUGAGUAUGUGGUGGCUGCAUACCGUUUGUGAUUCUGGAAUAUCUAGCAUCUAGCUAUCUUAA